CGCGCGGUGAGGACACACAUGGUGCUGGAGCAUCCACAGGAUGUGUAGCUUGGUUUGUGCAGCAGAAAGUUUUGUUUUACUUUCUUUUAGUUUUGUUGCUUUGGUUUAGUGUUGGUUCUACUUUUGCCUCAGACGCAGAUCUUCAGGAUCUGCUCUCAGGAAAUCAAACCUUUUUUUUUUUUGCGUCAAAGUCUUGUCGAGCUAAGAGACUAUGCAACCUUCGUCACAGAGUCACAACCAUGACAACUGUGUUCAGACACAACUGUGCGCCCAGCUGGAGUUUGUCCAGAUCCUGGUGAUCGUAGUAGUCAUGAUGGUGAUGGUCGUGGUCAUCACCUGCCUUCUCAACCACUACCGCCUAUCAGCACGCUCCCUCCUCUCCAGGCACGCCCCUACACGCAGGAGACACCUGCCAUUGGCCAACGAGGGAAGUCUGUGGUCGUCUGAGGGAACAGGCACAAACCGUGGUCUAAUUGAGCACCAGGUGUAUAACACCAACCCCCCGGAGAGAGGGGGCAGCUCAUCCUACAUACAGCGGGAACCACAGCAUGGCCAGUCCCAGCCUCCGCUGCAGCCCCAGCGCUUCCAGCAUACAUACGCCCCGAGCCGCUUCCAGCCAACAUACCCCUACCUGCCUCAGAGUCUCAUCGACCUUCCCCCCACCAUCUCCCUCUCAGAUGGAGAGGAGCCCCCACCGUACCAGGGCCCCUGCACCCUGCAGCUCAGAGACCCCGAGCAGCAGAUGGAGCUGAACCGCGAGUCGGUCAGAGCUCCACCCAACCGAACAGUGUUCGACUCCCACCCCCUCGAUCCAUCCAACUCCUGUCUGCAGGCCAGACUGCAGGCCCCCCCUCCGAGUGUCCAUUCAGGCAUCAGCGUGUUGGAAGCCCAGGAGGCUCUGUCGAGGCAUCAGAAGCAGGGCUCUCGAGUGGAGGGAGCUCCUCCGACCUACAGCGAGGUGAUUGGGCACUACUACCACCCAACAUCUCUGACCUCCGGCCACAACAAUCGGACUGUGACAUCCUCACAAGCGCCACCUUCCUCGCUCAUACAAGGUCUGCUCCGACCUCCGCAUCAACAGCAAGGAAGCGUGGACAACAGGAACACAAGGAACACAAAGGAGAAAUCCCAGAAGCCCCAGCAGGUGUGACAGUGCCGCUUCCUGCUUCUAGUGAGAGAACCAGGAUUAUAUCUACUCGCCACUGAAGUAAUGGCCAGUGGGCAGUGAUGAAAAAUCACAGUGAUGGUAAAAUACAUACAGAAGGGUUUAAGAGCUGGUUAGUUUAGUUGUUGCAUGUCGGUUUUACCGUUUCCCCACUGGCUUCUCUGGGUAAGAUGACCUGGAACCACAUCGCUCCUGCAGAGCACAGUCACAUGAACAUCUGGCACAUCCUGUUCCACAGCUUCCUACUUCAUGUUUUCAGAUAAAGCAUUGGUGAUGUCAGAAAAGAGGGGCAUAAUUUAGAAGAAAAUGAGGAGGAAGCUCAACUCCUCACCCCUCUUCUAUCAGACUGAUGUGCAUAAUCAUCAUUACCUAUGAAUAUUUACUCGUUCUGUUUGUUUUUGUUGAACUGUUUCUUUGUCUUUUUCACACGUUGAUGAAAAUUCCUAUCCAAGCAAAUGGCGAAAUGUUACAAUCUUCUUGGUUCUUCCAGUUGUAGGAUUUCUUUUCCUUAUGCGAUAAUCCCCCCCACGCUGGUUGUGUCCAUAUUGAGUCCAUAUUCAAAAAUCCACAGUCCAACGCUGGACUUCUGCACCAGGCUUCAGCCAUAUCGCUGGGACGUUUUAGCACAGUAGAAUAUUUCCAGAAAGAAAUUUAGUUGGUGAUACUGUAGUCCAUGAGUUGUAGCACAAGGCUAAAAGUUCUGCCUUACAUUUCCCAAGCGAUGCAGGAGUUGCCACUGAAAUGCUUAAUUAGUUUGUUUUUAAUGUUUUUGUUGUUGUUGUUGUUGUUGUUUUGUUUUUUUAAAGAGGUUUGCACAUAGUUCAAGACUGUUCACAGCAGAAAAAGAAAAAUCCGCAAUAUGAUCGAAAAGAGAGAGAAAGUAGGGAAAGUAGGGAUAUUUUUCUAUACUUGUUGGAUUCCUAUGAGUAAAUUUGUUUCAUUCUGUUUUAUUUUUUAAUUUGUUGUCUAGUUUUAGCAAAAAGUUACAAACAUCAGUAAUAUGUUGGGGUGCCAACUUUCACCUUUUGCAAUGUACAUGUUGAUAUGUAUAUACGUCACACAUGGAGCAUAUAUACAAACACAUGUAUGCAAACCUAGAGUGAAAAGCACGAAUUUAGAGUUAUUUAUAUAAUUGCUGAAAAGAAUUGCACUAUUUUUUAGUAUGCGCAGAUGGAACGUUUUGGAGACUUUUAUUUUGAAGGAGCUCUGUCUAUUGAGGCAUAAAAACAAGAGAGAAGCAAGAACAUGAGGAGUGAAGGUCGGACCGUGCAGUGCACAGCAGCUGCUAUCAAGAUCAGAGUAAGGGGAGGGUCUGACUUUGGUCCAAGGGGCUCGGAUUAACCGUUACUGUACCACUGAUUUAAAAAAAAAAAUCCUUGGUUUAUGCAAAUGUCUGAGUCCUGUGAGCCAGCUGCAAGUCAGCAUCCGACCUGUGGGUCCAAUCAGAAAGUCUUAACUCUCUCUCAUCCUAUUGGCCGAAUCAUUAGCCAAUCCCAAAGCUGGCUAUUACUACCUCGACCAAACAAGCGAAGCACAUUAGAGUUUACUCAUGUUAAUCAGACUUUAUGGCAUUGAAGAAAUGUCUAGACUAAUCGAGAGUGUCUAAUGUAAUGAUAGACUUCAGUAGAGUAGGAUGUUCAUAGACUUAGUUUUUAAUCCUGUUGUAUUAUUUUUUAUUUGAUUGUCAGAUAUUUUUUAUUCAUUGGGUGAGAUGAGAGAAAACAAACCAAUGACAGCCUCCUUGUAGUGCAUUACUCAGGAAGGAAGCCAGUCACCCAACAGGCCCCGAAUAUCUGAUGCUCUGACUGUGCACUGCUUUGGUCCCACUUGCACCCAAAGGACCAACAUUUCUGGUCACACACCUCCAGUUUCUUCGAAUAUCGAAUCUCUCCUGCCUUUUCGACACAUGUACACAAUCCACUCUGCAAGUUUUUUCUCUCUUGCAGGACCUCUCUGAGCACUUUACUGCACCAGGAAAGAGACAACAAUCUGUCAGCCAGUGCCGGGCUCGGCUCACCGCCGACCAGUAAAGCUUAAACACCACAAUCGAACCUUUGAGUUUUGUAAAAUCUCCCACCUUUAGUGCUGCACUUUUAAAGGGAUGCAAAGAGUUGUGGACCAAAGCUUUAAACAAUCUUUGAUUUAUAAUUUUGAAGCCUGUUCAGUUUCCAGUGGUACCGGUAGCAACAUGUUCAUUGUCGAACUUUAAUUAGUAACUGGCUCUUAUUUUUAAUGUCUUAUUUUGUAGUUCAUCGUUGGAGCUUUGGAGCAAAACUCUUUGUGCGUUGAAUGCAGCACGAGGCUGGUUGUUGAAACUAGACACACUGAAGUGUUGAAAAGUGGCACGAGUGUUAACAGCAGCGCGUCUUGUGUCAUCUCGUUAAGAGUGCAGAAUUAAUAGUUGCGAUUUGUAGCUGACUGAGGUAUAAAGAUUAGACAUUUGUAGUUUUUGUGUUUAAAGCUGCUACUUGAUCCAGAUAAAGUCAGCGCCCUCUAGUGUCCAGCCUUUAUGCAACAGCGCCCUCUGCAGGGACUGAACCAGACUGUAGCCAAAACUCCUGAGAGAAGAGAGAGCCUAAAGGCCGAAAAAAGACAUUUUAUAAUUUCACAUGGUGAAUCUUUAAUACUUUUUGUCUCUCCUUUCCUCCUCCGAUGAGUCACGGGAUUCUACUUCCUUAAAGAGUCUUCUAUCACGAUAAAACAAAUGAAAUCUGCUGAACUGGUUCUUGCUUUUUCCUGUGUUUUGUAGUCUUUUCUCUCUGCCUGGAUUGUGUGGAACUGGUGUGUAAAUUGCCCAGUUUUGGAGCUACCAUCUGCAGAGAUGCCUGUGUUCUCUUUAAUAUAAUGAAAGUAAAUGGCACUCUCCUGUGGUGCCAAAAAAUAAAUAUGAAAAAGUCAGCAGCAGUUUCUCUUUCCUGAAAUCGUGACCUGCUUCCUCAAAAAAAACCCCAAACCUUGUAGUGAGCCAUUUCAUGCAGGACCUCUUCUGUUCCUGCCAGGCUACACCUUUGAAACAUGUCCACAUGCAAAAGAAACCGAGCAUGUACCUGUGAUGAAAGGCUCUCGCUAGUGGCGGUGUGAAUGGAUGUUAACUUCAAUGGCGUGCCCCUCAGUUGACCUGUAAUGUUCGGCAGCUGCACGGGUGCGAGGGCGUCUUUUGGUGCAAAGAAAUAAAAGUGCUCACACAAAGGUUUGUGGAUUUUUUUGAGCAACAGCUUCACAAUUUCCGAGCGAGACGUGGCUGCUGAGUAUUUCAAAGGUAGUUUCUGGUGUUUUGAGCACCCCGUAGCGAAUGCCAUUCAGGUCUGUUCUAUUAAACCGAAGGCCGACAUUUCUGCAGCCAGCAGCUUCAAAAAUGAGCAGCUCGCAUCAAAAUAUGGAAAAUUCUUGAAAUUUGAGAUUAGAGUAAAAGGUAAAGACAAAAAAGUCAGAAAAAAAGAUUCACCCUCCCGUCUUCUUUAAAGUCUAGCUCUCUUUGCUCUCUCUACUGACGCGCUCUAUUUAAUAUUAGAAUAAAAUAUCAUAAAAAUGAACAAAUCUAUUGACCCAAAGCAGCCAAAGGAAUGAUGACUGGCUCAAUCAAACAAAUGAAUCACCUUUGACCUUGUAAUGACAUUAGGACCCUACACUAUAAGCCCUUUCCCCUUUUAUACUUGUGUUUGAACAGGGUUGUGUUUUAGUUCUUAAAUGGUUUCCUUUCUUGCAUCGGAGGGUUUGCAGCGGGUAUGAGAAGGCUGGACGGGGCCUGACCACAAAUGUUAGCGAUAGCAGUUUAGACAAAGGAAGUAGAAAAUAGUGUAGAAUCAAUCUCUCAUUUCAGGGGAAAAGCCCGGGCUGGCUGACAAUACACAACAGGACAGGAGGAGGAGGAGGAGGGAGGCCGACAGGAAGAACAGGUCACACAUUUCUACACAGAUGCUAACACAGCAGCGCUGCCUGCACAGAAACACCGGUGUGUUUAUGUGAAGUUGGAGCUGUUCUCCAGUAUUUGUGGAGCUUUUCUUUAACACUCCGUUUUUUUAUUUUAAAGUUUUUGUCGAUUUGAGUCACAUAAAAUAGACAUUAAACCAAUCAGGGCUCAAAUUACAGAUUUUUCUUUGCUUUAAUCCACUGUGGAGGUAGUGUGUGUGUGUGUGUGUGUGUGUGUGUGUGUGUGUGUGUGCAGUUAAUGUACACCCACCUGCCCUGGGAAAGACCUCCAGCUGUCUAGACAAAAACUAAACACACACAAAGCACACACAGAGUAGACUAAACAAUCUAACUUAAGAACCAGACAUCACACACACACACACACACACACACACACACACACACACACACACACACAGAUUUUUCUUAUUGUGAACCACAUAAAAUAGCGAAACCACUUAUUUCACACACCAUGAUUGGCUCUUCCCUCCCUCUUCGUCUUCCUGUCUGAACAAACUGUUCCUGUUCCCUAGAGAUGGCUGUUGUCCAAUGACAGAGCUCCUUCCAGACCCGGCCCUUGCUGCCAUUGGGUCGGCCGUCUUUGAAUCUCCUUGGAAACGUUCAUUGUUUAUUAUUGUUGCUAUGUCGUACAGAUGUGCCUGCCUGCGCUGAGACGGGCAAAAUGUGAGUGGCUAGCUCGGGCUGUCAAUCAACCCAGGCCACACUGUCUCAGAUGAUGAUGAUGGUGAUGAUGGUGAUGAGAUUGUUGUUGUUGGUGAUGAUGAUGAAGAUAGAUGUUUUUGGUAGUGAUGCCGCAAAGAUCGUUGCAAUACACCUACUAUUUGCCUUUUUGAUGAUAUUAGUCAAAUUUUAACGUAGUGUGUUAAGUGUCAGUUUUUUUAUUGUUGCUGUUGUUGUUGUUGUUUAUUCACUUGAGAACAAAAAGGUUUGAACUUCAAUUCAAAAAUUCAUAUCAUUAAAGACUUUUUUUUUUCAUUUGUAAACAGUGAGAGUGUAAAACUACCUAACACACAAAAACCUGCAGCUCCCCGAGGAGGAAGUGUAAAUACAAGAAAAUGUACGUCUGCUUUUAAGUGCCCUUUUUUUUACAGUUUAAGGUUGUUAGUGUGCAGCUGUCUGAAGAGCAAACCGGUGUGAUUGGUGCGGGCAUCAACGCCACAGAUCCCCAUCAGCACCACCCGAGAUCAGCUUCUGUUAAAGCUAGCUAAAUUUCCCCUUUGUAUCAUGCACUUAUAAGUUCAAGUAUAACUCUCCAUGUGGGCACCCGGUCCUCGUGACCAAUCAUCACGUCUCCUCACUCGGCCCAGCGUCUACAUGUGUGCCUUCUGGUGUCCAGCGUGAUCGGAGACUCACACUUAAAACUCCUUUACUGUUGCCUUUUAACGCAGAACCUCGGACAGCACAAAAUAUUAAAAUGUCACAGCUGUAAUGUAUGAAAAGAAAAAAAAAGGGGGGGAAACAUUCAAUAUUUCUAAGCUGAAAUGGAAAAAAAGUCCUUAAAAAUGCUUAAAAUAAUGCAAAAGCAGACAUCUGCAGAACCUCUGUGGCUGCUUCUAUUUUUUUUCUAUUAUCAUUCCAACUUCUCACCUAUUUUCCUUUUGGUAAAGCUGGACUUCCAGGAUCAGGAUAUUUUAUGCUAAAUUAGUGAAAACAAAGAGAAUGCCAGCUCUCACGAUGCUACUGCUGCUUUACCUGUUUGGGACUAAAACUCAAAACAGCUGGAAUGAUUAUUUUUCUUCACACAUUUCAUGUGACACAACGUUUGGCUGUAAACAGUCCACUUCUCUGUCCUCAGCAUCAUUUAAGACAUUCCCAAAGACCACUUUACACAAGUUCAGUCCGGCUUGAACUUUUCCAGUUUUUUGGGAAAACAAGAAAAAUUUUUUCCAGUUUCUGUUACACUGUUUUAAACUUUUCACUUUUAAAAGAAAUGAAAGCUAAACUUUUAAUUUAGACCUUAAUGUGGAAUGAAUUAAGUGACACAGGUAGACUGGAGAAGCAUUUCCUCCUUUCAUCGAGUUUGUUCUCCGCUCCGCUCUGCUCUCUGAAUCAGCGCCGCGUGGCGCCUCUGACAAUGUUGAAGAAAAAAUAUACAAAAGCACUCUUGUUCGCAGUUAUGUUAUGUGUUUGUAUUUAAAUAAGCCUCUGUAUCUACACCGCAGUGACUAUUGUAGAAGUCUUCCACGUGUCCUUGAGUUUUAUCCUGCAAGCAUGUAAGCUGUGGGGCUUGUACAAUAGACCGGUUUGUUCUCGGUGGGAUUCCUACACGCAGCUGGUCCACACGUUUGAGAAAAGCCUGAUAAAGUGCUGCGAUUGUGUCCAGGAAAAAUAAAACUGCACACGAAUAAUCUGCAGCUUCGGAGUGAAAUCUUCACUCGGGACCAGAUAAAAGUGUGGGAACCUGAUCUGUUCUCAGCAACGCCGGGUUUCCCAUCGCUCAAACUCAGCACCAGGUUCAUUUAAAAAAAGAAAAGAAAAAGGAUGAACAUGGUGCUGAGGGUUCGACUUCAAUCUAUUAUCUGUCACAGCAUGGCUCAUGCACUUAUAUAGAGGCCUGCUUAUUCUCAGUGAUAAUAAUUGCUUAUUUGUGUAUCUUAAUUUAUAUUGGAUGCUCUAUGUGUUGCUGGGUUUGUUAUGUUAUUUUCUUCUCUGUUACAAACAAAAGACAAUGGUUUAUUGUUGUUAUCACAGAACAUAAAUCAGACACAUUUCAGUUAGCCUUCGAUUAAAAAAACGAAUAAAAAGUUUUAUAAAUUCA